AUGGUCGAAUUGAAGCGAGCCCUAGACGCUAAAGGGCAUUGUCUUCUCGAGAUGCCUACAGGAACUGGCAAAACCAUCACUCUUCUCUCCCUCAUCACAAGCUAUCGUCUCGCUCGCCCUGAUUCUCCUCCGAUCAAGCUUCUCUACUGCACGCGUACUGUCCACGAGAUGGAGAAAACGCUAGACGAGCUCAAGCUUCUCCAUGACUACCAGUUACGACAUCUCGGUGACCAGGCCAAGAUCCUCGCCGUUGGUCUUUCCUCCAGGAAGAAUCUUUGCCUUAACAACAAGGUUUUAGCGGUUGAGAAUCGCGAUUCCGUUGACGCAGCUUGUAGGAAACGGACGGCUAGUUGGGUCAGGGAAUCAGCGGUGAAGAAUCCAAAUGUUGAACUCUGUGACUACUUUGAAAAGUACGAGAAAGCUGCUGAGAAUGCCUUAUUGCGUCCUGGUGUGUAUACAUUAGAGGAUUUAAUGGAGUUUGGCAAGAAACAAGGAUGGUGUCCUUACUUCCUCGCGAGGCGUAUGUUUCAGUUCGCCAAUGUUAUUGUUUGUAGCUAUCAGUAUCUGCUGGAUCCUAAGGUUGCUGGAAUUAUAUCAAAGGAGUUUCAAAAGGAGUCGGUUGUAGUGUUUGACGAGGGCCAUAACAUCGACAACGUGUGUAUUGAAGCACUCAGUGUCAGUGUGAAGAAAGUUACUCUUGAAGGAGCUAACCGAAACCUUACCAAGAUAAGCCACAAGAUUGAUAGGUGUAAGGCUACGGAUGCAGGAAGAUUGCGAGAUGAAUACAACCGAACGGAUCAAUUUCUUGCAAACCCUGCACUGCCUCAUGAUAUUCUAGAGGAGGCUGUCCCAGGGAAUAUUCGACGAGCGGAGCAUUUCGUGCAUGUUUUACACCGGUUGCUUCAGUUCUUGAGGGGACGGAUGGAUGCUGAGAACGUGGAGAAAGAAAGCCCUGUUAGCUUUGUAUCAUCCCUUAAUUCUCAGGCUGGAAUUGAGCAGAAGACGCUCAAGUUCUGUUAUGACAGACUCCGCUCUCUCAUGCUAACACUUGAAAUCGCAGAGUCAGAUGAGUUCUUGCCUAUCCAGAGUGUGUGCAACUUGGCAACUCUUGUUGGGACAUAUGCUCGAGGGUUUUCAAUAAUCAUUGAGCCUUAUGAUGAGAGAAUGCCUCAUAUUCCAGAUCCUAUAUUGCAGUUGAGCUGUCAUGAUGCGUCUCUGGCUAUAAAACCGGUGUUUGAUCGUUUCCAGUCAGUAGUGAUUACAUCAGGCACAUUGACUCCGAUCGAUCUGUAUCCUCGUCUACUUGGUUUCAGUCCUGUUGUUAGUCGAAGCUUUGAGAUGUCAACGACUCGAGACUGCAUCUGCCCUAUGAUCGUAACUCAAGGAAGUGAUCAGCUUCCUGUUAGCAGCAAAUUUGACAUGAGAAGUGAUCCUGGUGUUGUGAGGAAUUAUGGAAAGCUUUUGCUAGAGAUGGUUUCCAUUGUUCCAGAUGGAGUUGUCUGCUUCUUCGUUAGUUACUCACACAUGGAUAACAUUAUUGCUACAUGGUAUGAAACUGGAAUUCUAGAGAAAAUAAGCCAACAUAAACUUGUCUUCGUCGAAGAACAAGAUGUUGAAAAAACAAGGCAUGCAAUGGACAAUUAUCGCAGGGCUUGCGACUGCGGAAGAGGUGCAGUUUUCUUCUCUGUAGCCAGGGGAAAAGUUGCUGAAGGUAUUGAUUUUCACUGUCACCAUGGAAGACUUGCUAUAAUGUUUGGAAUACCUUUUCAAUAUACGCUAAGCAAUGUUAACUUUGUUUUGCUGCAAAAACAGAGGCAAGCAGCUCAGUGUGUAGGACGAGUAAUCCGGUCAAAGUCUGAUUAUGCGAUGAUUAUAUUUGCAGACAAGAGAUAUAGUCGUCAUGAUAAGAGGUCCAAAUUACGCGGUUGGGUACUUAAGCAUUUGCGAGCUGCACACAUGAAUCUAAGCACUGACAUGGCUAUCCACAUUGCCAAAGACUUUCUAAGGAAAAUGGCUCAACCGUACGAUAAGGCUGGUUCUAUGGGCGGCAAGAAAACUCUGUUGACACAAGAAGAUUUGGACAAGAUGGCUGAGACUGGUGUAGAAGACAUGAUUUGUUCAAUGUAA